AAUCGUCAUAUAAUUGAACAUUAACUGACUAACUGUGUCCUGGGGGGUUUAUGUACUCAGAUGAUUGUUAAUAUGCUCAUUCGACUGAUGAACUUAAAGAAGAUAAAAAGAAGAUAAUCGAUGUUUCUUCGCCCCUCCAGCUGCUUUGUGAUUAGCAUUAGCAUUAGCACACCACGUGUUAGAAACCACCAGGAGACUUUAAUGAUGCACUUUAUGAUUAUUCUGCUCCUCUUUAACCCCGCUGCUGAGGGCCAUGAGGGCCAGGAGGACCGGGAGGACCGGGAGGACCGGGGGACCAGCAGCACCGAGGCCGUGUUGCUGUGCAGGACGUGCGGACACGAACUGUCGCGCGGGACCGAGAUCCACUUCGUCCCCAGCCGGCUCGCGCUCUCCAGCCGGAACCACACGCUGCCCGGGGGUCGGAGGGUCCACACCCAGGUGUUCCAGAACCCCCACGGACUCCAGUUUGAGGUGAUGACGUUCAGGAAAGCGGACGUGAGUCAUCAGUGGCCGGCAGACAAACACUUCACGUGGUUCCCGGGCUUCUCGUGGACCGUGUCCACCUGCCCACGGUGUAAAACUCACUUAGGUUGGGGUUUCCAGCCGAGUACCUGGCCGGACACGAUCACCACGACCAAGUUUGAGGAGUCUGAGGAAACCUUCCUGGCUUUAAUCACCCAUCGUCUGUUGAGUGAAGACUUUGCUUCCAGUCUGCUCGUGACUCCAAAAUCCUUCAUGAGCUGACCAACUGUUUGAGUGUACGAUUACCCAGAGGACUGACUGAGCUGAGACGCAGCAGAGCCAGAGGAAGAACACACACUGAAUAAAGUGAAAACAUAUCAGCUCUGCUGCUGUGACGGACCGAGCACACAUCUGGUGGAAUUUACAGUUAAAUUCAGAGAUAACAGGUCAUUGUUUUUUUUUUUAUACCCAUGAAGUGUUGAGGGUCAAAAUGUGCAAGCUUGUAGUUUUUUUUCCAUUUUGUUCUUUAUUAAAAAUGUCAUUUCAAAUCUCAUGGAUAUCUGUAAAACAAUACAAUGAAAAAAAAAAAGUCCCAUAGAAAUGGUGUCAAAAUAACCACUCUCCCCGAUAACCAACAGACUCCUGC